UAAAUUGCAGCUAUUUUCACAUGGAGGUGUGGACAGCACCAUUUAUCUUUAAGAGGAAGCUAGCCAAUUUGUUUGGGGAAACCAUAGCUGGCUAAUUCACCAAAAGCCAAUUCACAGAAUGGCCAGGUAGCUAAAAGCCAAAGAUGAUGAAAAUUAAACCACUGAAUAUCGAUUUGCUGCAAACCCAUCUGAAUUAUUUAGCUUUUUAAAAAAACCUGUUCCAUCUGCACUCCUGCCUUUGUCCCUGUCCAGAACUGCCAAAUAAACACUUUGAAUGGAAUUUAGGACACUUCUCCACAAUCAUCUUGCCAUGCAGAUACAGAGGCAGGGGGGAUGCAGGAAUGGGGUCAGAGGUACAAAUAAAACUUUGGGGGUAGAGGGAUAGGAAGGUUUCUCAAUUACUGGGAGAAUUGGCCAUUCAGCAAAUUGAGUUUUGACAAACUGGUCAUUCAGCAAAUUGGAUGUUGGUGAAUUAAUUUUAACAACAGCUGACCCAGAGUCCACAAAUGGGGUCCAAGCCUGGUCAGGUAGGGGGAGGUUGAGGCAAAGAGGUGCCAAGACUCUGUACGUGCUACAUUAAACAUAUGUCUGGGAUGGAGAUAUUACUUUCUUCUAAAUCAAGGGAUUUUAAAGCUUAGGGAUCCUGAACUGAGAGCGGGUGUGGGGGGGCACUGGGAGAAGGGCCACGCUGGCUAGUGGGAGGAAGUCUACCUCAGCAAGAAUGUGGGUCACACAGCACAGGCAAGGGGCUUACUACAAGGCUCUAUGGCCUUUAGGGAUCCUGAGAUCAGGUACUGAGCUUGAAGCUUUCCUUUUUCGUGCCUUCAAACGCUUGUGAUAUCUUUAAAUCCUCCUACAGCUGGCUACACAGACACACACAGCUGCUGUGUCAGCGAUUCUUUAGGUCUGAAGGAGGAGGCUUGGCCCGGAUAUAAGGCUGGGCAGUGACCGACAGUGGUCUCCCCCCACGCCUUUCCUUGGAGGCCAGGCCAAGGAUGUCAACACUGUACCCCAGAGUUCCGGGAGGUGACUAGCGGCAAGGCCAGCGGAGACCCAUCGCAGGCCAGAGCUGCUUCAGGGACCAACACUGGGACUGCUGGGCGAGAAAUUCUCUUUCCACAAAUAUUCCAGAGUAAGAGACCCUACGGGGGAGGGAAGCGGGCUCCCCAGGCAGCGGGCUCCACGGACGGCGGGCAUCUUCGCCUCGCUGGACCCCUGCUUCUGUCUCAAAGAGCCAGUUUGGCUCCACAAGCCCACCUUCCCUGAGCCGUUCUAACAGGGGGUGGUCCUCCAAAGCCGGAAUGAGGCUCCCAGUCCUCAGUCAGGAUCCGCCCCCCACCCCCAGCCCACCGCGUCGAGACCAGGAGAAUGGUGGGGCCCACGCUUCAGUCACUCAUCACACAUUUGUGAGGGCCUCCUACGUUCCAGGAGCUUCUGGGGUCACCUAAAUCAACCAAAUAGACCAGCAAUUGGUUACACGAGAUGUGAGCCGUCUCGAUGCUGAGGAUGAGCUCAGUAAACGUUGGAUGAACAGAUGAUGGAUGGAUGAUGACGGAUGGAUGCGUACCUCGGAAAAACACAUCCGCAAGCUGGCCACCAGGCGGGACCCGGCGCCGAGUCCCUCCCGGCAGCUUCCCGGGGUCGUGAGCGAAGCAGGUGUCCGUGGCCUUCCAGGACCUGGCAGUGAGGUUCACGGAAGAGGAGUGGCAGCUGCUGGGGGAAGGGCAGAGGGCGCUCUAUCGGGAUGUGAUGCGGGAGAACUACGAGACACUGCGCUCCCUGGGGACAGAUGAGCUGCUCCCCCUCUCUGCCUUCCUGUCUCCUACGGAGCCUGGAGGAGCCAUGGAAGGCAGGAGCUCCGCUGGCGAGGGGCAGGAGCCUUCUAGGGGAGGAGGCCCCCCAGGAGGAGCACCCCCACACAGCCUGCACCUCACUGCGCUGGUGCAGCUGGUCAGGGAGAUUCCGGAGUUCCUGUUUGGGGAGGUCAUCCCAGAGAGCGAGAGCGGGAGUGUGGCAGUCAGCCUGGACGGGGAGCGGGGCAGCCCCGAGGCGGCUGUGACCGUGGAGACUUGCCCUCUCCGAGGCCUGCUCAGCUGCCUUCCAGACACGCCAACAGGCUGGCCGCACUUGGCCGCCACAUCUACCAGCAGCUCAUCGUUCAGCGACGUGCCAGGGGCCAGGGGCCAGGGGAGCCCCCUUCCCAUCAAAACUGCUGACAAACCAAGAUCUACAGAGAAGGAGGGCCCAGAAGCCCCAGGUGGGGAGCCUAGCCCUCCUACCUCUAGCCCCAGCAGGAAGAAGGGCCACAGAAGGCAGGAGAGAGGGACCCUGGGGACAGGUGCCGUAGGAACCCCUCCUGGGAACAGCCCCUUGCAAGGCCUUAUCAACUGCCUGAAGGAAAUCCUUGUGCCUGGGCCGCAGCACCCUGAGCUGUCCCCAGGCUUGCUGUCCCCAGGCUUGCUGCCUCCUGUCCCCGGCCAGGGCGCCUCUCAGCUAACCAGAGUGGAGCUGGGGCCUAGGAGCCCACCCUGGGGAGUGAAGACAGAGGCAGUUUCUGGGGCUUGUCCCCUCCAGGGUCUGCUGAACUGUCUGAAGGAGAUCCCAGAGGCCCGGGACAGGCAUCCCAGCCCCUCAGGAGUGGGGGACCCACCGCUGCAGGAGGACCCAGGGGCCUGCCAAGGGAAUUCUGGAGGGCCCAAACCCCUGCAAACCCCUCCUCCCGGCCCUGGUCCAGGAGCUAGCAGCGUGCUUCCUGUGGUGAAGAUGGAGGACGGCUGGGCCCAGAGCCCCCCAGCGCCUGCAUCCUGUCAACUCAGCAAGUGGACCCACAGCCCCUCUGCCACCAGCGGCCAGGGGGGUGAUGGAGAGACCAGAGGGGUCCGAGUGCCCAGCUGGGGUCCCAUAGCUCAAGCCGGCAGUGCCUCGAGCUCACCCCUGGAAGCCCUGGAGGCCUGUCUGAAGGGCAUUCCCCUGAGUGGGUCGUUACCUCCCCAGCCGCCGGCCACCUCUGGAUUCCGGAGCCCUCAGCCAGGAGACCCCGGGUCUCAGAGGCCCGAGCUUCAGCCCUGCAGAUCGCACAGUGAAGAGGUGACUGUGGGGCCUCUUCUGGCUCUGAGUCUGCAGGGCUAUGUGAGAGGCAGCCCCGCCCUCCCCUCAGGUCCCCGCAGCACCCCUCCCAGCUUCUCCUCAUCCAGCAGCACCGAUGGGGACCUGGAUUUCCAGAGCCCUGGGGGCAGCCAGGGGCGUCCGCCUGGAAAAGGAAGCCCAGUGGGAAGCUCCCCACUCCAGGGCCUGGAGAACUGUCUCAGAGAGAUACCUGUGCUCAGGCCGCAGUCAGCCUCGUCCUGGUCCUCAGCAGGGGACAGGGGGCCCCAGAGAGCAGAGCCCAAGAACUGGAUGGCAGACAAGGGAGGGCUGAGAGGCGAGGCCUGUGAGCCAGCUCACCUGGGACAGAGUCAGGGGGAAGCACCCACCAGGAGCUUCCGGCUGGCCAGCCCCCAGGCGCUUACCUCCAGCAGCGUCCCUGUCUGCUACCAGCGAGGACUCAAAGACCACGGGGCCACCAGGCCAGGGCCGUGGAGGUGGCUCCAAGAUGGGGCAGCCGUGAAGCCAUCCCCACUCCAUUGUCUGGAGAACUCUCUGAAGGGGAUCUUGCCUGGGAGGCCCUUACGCUUCGCCUGCUUGGCAGGUCCCAGCCCCAGCCCCGGCUCCAGCUCCAGCUCCAGCUUCAGCAGCUCAGAAGGAGACGAGCUCUGGCAGCUGCUCCCACAGGAGAGGGACCGCCUUCCCGGCUGCAAGGCUCCUGGCCCUCUGUCCCCGCACCCGGGCGGCGCCCCCACCGGCAGCAGCCCUGGAGAAGGCCCAGGGAGAGCAGAGGCCGGGGACCACUGCAGGCUCAGUGCAGGAAAAGCAGAAGAGAAGACGGGGGGCAGGUCCCAGCUGCCCUGGAGAGAUGUGUACUCGGAAAUCCCGGGCCAGCCUGGCCCCCUGGGCCGCACUGGAGGAGGGGCAGCUGGAAACCCCUGCCCUGCCCCUCAGCCGGAGAAAAGGCCCGGGCUGGGGCCCUGCCAGCCUCUUGGAUCAGCCCCUGGGUCCCUGUCCUGGAAGCCCAGGGUCAGUGAAGAAUCCAGUCUGGGGCCUGGAAACGGAAGACCAAGUGUUGCAGCUGGGACCCACGGGAAGCCACUUCCCAGAGGCCUGCCGGAGCCACCCCCCGCGGCUGCCCUCCGCCCGGCUUUGCCACAGGCGCCCCCCCAGCCGUGCCCCUGCAGAAGCUCUCUGCAGCCCGAGCUCCGCAGCCUCGGCGCCGCCCUCUCGGAGAAGCUGGAUCGGCUCUCCGCGGCCCUGGCAGGCCUGUCGCAGGAAGUAGCCACCAUGAGGACCCAGGUGGAUCGGCUAGGGAGGCGCCCUCGGGGCCCUGGGCUGAAGUGUCAGGCUUCCUGGCCGUGGGCCCCCUCCCGGGGACCUCGCUGGGCCAACGGCCCUGCUCACAGGCACCUGCCCUACUGGAGACAGAAGGGCCCCGCCAGGCCGAAACCAAAGAUCCUGCGUGGUCAGGCGGACGGUGGCAGGGCUGGUGACACCUCAGGCCUUUCCUGCCAACGGUUCCGUCCGGUAUCUCAGCUGCCUCCAGAUGCUCCCACGGCAGAACCUUCUGGGCCCAACUCCAGCCCUUCCCAGCAGCUGCUCUCAGCACGCAGCUGUCGUGCCGUGGUGCCUGUGCAUGCCUCCCUUGGACACACUGGGGGUCACCAGAGUCCCCCCACCCCUUCAGUGCCUACUGCCUUACCCCCACAGGUGGCUUCGGCACCCAGGGUCGAUGCAGAGCCGCUGUUUGCAGCAGCGGUACCGCCUGGGGCCCGAAGCCGGCCCAGGGAUCCCAAUGGCCUGAUGGCGGGGGUCCAGAGAGCCCUUGAGGUGGAACUGUGGGGUGGGGAACACAGGGCCCCGAGGUGGGGGGCCCCUAACCACCUUCUUCAUCAGCUCAGUCCUGCUGAAGCUGUCCCCAGCUUGGCCACUUCUCCUAGGGGCUGUUCUGCGCCCUCGCCCUGCUCCAGCCGAACCUUUCCCACUUCCACACCGUGAAGGGGCUGGAGCACCCCUGACUCCAGGACACUGUUUGCUCAGGGAAGCCGCUCUUCGGGGUGCGUUUCUCAGCCACGCUUAUGGCUUUCUUGGCUCAGGUUCGUUCAGAUGCUGCUUCCCCGUCUUGUCCUUCCCCCCGGAUCAGUCCUAGCUUGCAGGUGGCUGGUGUGCACGCAUGUGCACACCGCGUUUGCCUGGACGCUCCAGCAGCCGCAGUGGGACCACGAGCGCCCCGCUUCCUCGCACCUGCCCUUCCUGAUCUCAGCACUGAGGAGGGCUUGGCCCUCGCUUUCCUGGUACGUCGGGCGCAUGGGUUUCACUUGGAGGGAACCCUGCCCCUCGGCUGAACCUGCGUUUGCCCGUGUGGAGUCUAACAUGAGAGAAAGGGUACUGAGAGAAAGGCCCUUGGCUCCUAGGAAGGGGCCCCGUGGGGCCGGACCGGGACCGCUGUUGGUUCUGUUACCAGGAUGAGGACCUAGUUGGCUUAGCUGCCUGCCUCUCAAUACCCACGAGAACUUCACGGCCUUCCGGAAGGCUGGGAAGAUCAGCCGCGGAACAGAAUUCGCAGAUGGGUCCUUGGGAGAGCCCCGCACAUUAUACCGUGAGCUCAGCCCACAGCCCACAGACCGGGCAGGGUAAACUUAACCGACACUCCCACAGCCUGGAGGCCAGAGUCUGGGGUCAGGAUGGUGGCCGGGCCGGUUCCUACUGACGUGGUGAGGGGGGGUUUGCCCCAGGGCUCCCUCCUGGCUUGUCACCGGUCAUUUUCAUGUUCACGGGGCUUUCCCCCUUUGUGUAGGGACAGCAGCCAUGUCAGAUGGGGCCUCUCCUGAUGCCCUCACUGUGACUUGAUCACCUCUUUAAAACCCUAUCUCCAGAUAAGGUCACGUUCUUAGGUACUGGGAGUUAGGACUUCACCAUGAAUUUGGGGGGCAUGAUUCAAAGGAUAACACGUGUAAGGGACUGGGUUAGUCUUCUUGAGUUCAUCUCGGGAGAAGGCAUGACUAAGGUGUCUCCAGGCCAGAGGGGCCUGCUCUGGGCCCCACCCCUCGGGUGGCACUCGGUCGUGUAUUGGGAGUACUGCUGUGGCUUACCUGCCUCACAUCCUUCCCCAGGGUCAGAUCUUUUCCCCCAGCCUAUGUUCCCACUUUCGUCCUUAUUGGAGGUGAAGAAUCUUCAGGAAUUGUCUGUGUGUACAUUGCCCAGGAGGGGCCACCCGGCCCGCUCUGCUGUCGGAAAACACAGGUGCCAGUGCUGAGGCCCAAGCCAAUGUGGGGCCCAAAGGGGCCGUAGCCCUGUGGCUGCUGUGCCUGCUCGGGCUCGCGGGACACGCGCAGGGCCUGGCCUGUGCUCGCGGUCGCCCCCGUGGCAACAGCGCGGGAGGGAAGGGCUGGGUUGACAGCCUGUCCCUGGGUGGCCUGAUUGCCAUGUGUUCAGGACUGAGUCAGUCCCAGAGAACCGGCUCGGACGCUCAUGUCUAGAAGGUCACGUAAUUGGAUGCUUCGAAUAGGCAGUGUCUUCACAUCUAGCCGCAGUUGACAAGAGAAUAAGGAACAGAAAACUUCUAGACUUUCUACCCAAAGACCUCAGGAAGAUGAGCCCGUUCCUUUUCAGGCUUCAGCGAGCGAGGCUGGGCCUGUUUCGGAGCCUGCGGAAAGGGGAGGACAGGGCUGGGGGAGGGGGGCGGAGGGUGCAGUCAGGAGCAGAAUUCUGGGCGCGCCUGCUUGGCCCUCCCUCUGUCCUGCCCGCUGGCCUCCUGUCCCUUCUCCCCCUUUUCAGCAGCGGUCCUGGAAGUGGUCAGCAGCCACCUUUGAUGGCAUUUUAAGGUUUUGUUUGGUGGCCUUUGUCAAUAUCAGCCAUCACACAGACUCUCUGCAGCAGGCACAAAGGAGCAAAUGAGCUCAGAGGGCAUAGAUGACCUUGAAUUUGCACAGCUUGUCCUUGGCGGAGCCUGCGAGAGCACUGCACCCCUGUCGGUGCUUGGCAGCUGGGCAUGUGCCCUCACCCGCUGGGUGACCCUCCUUGCGGCCUUCAUCUCCGUGGCAGACAGGGAUGCUCGGGGUGAGCCCGGUCUCAGUGGUCCAGAUCCCAUCCAACGAUGUAGGAAGUUCAAGUCUUUGUUUUUUGGGGUUUUUUUUUGUUUGUUUGUUUUUUAAGAAUGUGGAAAACAAGUAAUAAAACGAAUGGUGAGAAGCUUCCUGAUCUGCGUGUUUGCCUCACAGGUGCACUGCCGCACAAGCACAAAACCCUUU